CGCGCGCUCCCGCCCGCCUGCCCGCCCGCUCGCCCCCGGCCCCGGCUCCUCCUCCUCCUCUCGCCAUUGCAGUCGGACCGAGCAGCCCAGCGCACCGCGUGGUUGGGGGACCCGGGGGCUGUCGCUGGAGGAGGCAGCGGCGGCGGCGGCUGCUGCUGCUGGCGAGGGGGUGCCGACAAGAGAUUGCACUGAUUUGAGUUCUACAUGAUAAAUUUAGAAGAUGAGAGUUUGUGUUUCCUACACCUUUGAAGUCUCAUGUUCGAUCAAGCCAUUAGGAUGCUAAGGAUAUAUGGUCUGUUAAACAUCCAGAGACUUCCAAGGCAGUACUUGACAGGUUGGUCCUUGAACAGCCGGUAUUUGAGCUACUACUGAACAAGGGCCCUACCCUGAAGCCUUUCCAACUUGGUGUAGGAUUUAGCAGAGAUUGUGCUCAGCUGCUGAUAUAGAGUUUGAAAUGAAAGAGUUCAACUUUGGUUUGCUGCAUUCAGGAGACAGAGCCACAUGAUGAAGCAUUGGUGGUGUUGCAAAGUGUUUUGGUUGGAAAGUUUUACUUAUAUUUGGUUUAUAAAAGUUGCAGAAUUGAUACAUCCAAGGACAGCCGUCAUACGGUUUGAAAAAUUAGCAGAAAUUUAAUUCUCAGACACUACAAAAGAAAUCUCAAGAAAAAAAUGCGGCCAAUGCGUAUUUUUGUGAAUGAUGACCGCCAUGUGAUGGCAAAGCACUCUGCUGUUUAUCCAACUCAGGAGGAAUUGGAAGCUGUUCAGAACAUGGUAUCCCAUACAGAACGAGCACUUAAAGCUGUGUCUGAUUGGAUAGAUGAACAAGAAAAAGUCAGUGGAGAGCAGCCUGAACCUGAGGCUAUGGAUGUGGUACCUGAAGAAGAAAAUAAAGAGGGGGGGGAACAGAAGACUGAGCACUUGACCAGGACUCUCCGAGGAGUGAUGCGGGUCGGCCUAGUAGCAAAGGGUCUCCUGCUCAAGGGGGAUUUGGACCUGGAAUUAGUCCUUUUGUGUAAGGAGAAACCCACAACUGCCCUUUUGGACAAAGUGGCGGACAACCUGGGAGUCCAGCUUGCUGCUAUCACAGAAGACAAAUAUGAAAUUAUCCAAUCCAUUGGUGAAGCUGCAAUUGUAAUAAAAAAUACAAAAGAGCCUCCAUUGUCUUUGACUAUUCACUUGACAUCACCUGUUGUCAGAGAAGAAAUGGAAAAACUUUUAGCUGGAGAAACGCUAUCAGUCAACGACCCCCCGGACGUUCUGGACAGGCAGAAAUGCCUUGCUGCCUUGGCGUCACUCCGACACGCCAAGUGGUUCCAGGCCAGAGCUAAUGGGCUGAAGUCAUGUGUCAUAGUCAUCAGGGUUCUGAGAGACCUAUGCACCCGUGUUCCUACUUGGGCUCCCCUUAGAGGAUGGCCCCUGGAGCUUCUCUGUGAGAAGUCGAUUGGAACAGCAAAUCGACCAAUGGGAGCUGGCGAGGCCCUCAGAAGAGUGUUGGAGUGCCUGGCAUCUGGAAUCGUUAUGCCAGAUGGUUCUGGCAUUUAUGACCCUUGUGAAAAAGAAGCCACUGAUGCUAUUGGGCAUCUAGACAGACAGCAACGGGAAGAUAUCACACAGAGUGCUCAGCAUGCUCUUCGACUUGCUGCUUUUGGCCAGCUUCACAAAGUCCUUGGUAUGGACCCUCUCCCUUCCAAGAUGCCCAAGAAACCAAAGAAUGAAAACCCAGUUGACUACACUAUCCAGAUCCCUCCUAGUACCACCUAUGCCAUUACUCCAAUGAAACGUCCCAUGGAGGAGGAUGGAGAGGAAAAAUCUCCUAGCAAGAAGAAGAAGAAGAUUCAGAAAAAAGAGGAGAAGACAGAACCCCCACAAGCUAUGAAUGCACUGAUGAGACUGAAUCAACUGAAACCUGGACUGCAGUAUAAACUAGUCUCUCAAACUGGCCCAGUCCAUGCUCCCAUCUUUACUAUGUCUGUUGAAGUGGAUGGAAGUUCAUUUGAAGCUUCUGGACCAUCCAAAAAGACUGCCAAGUUGCAUGUGGCUGUAAAGGUAUUACAGGACAUGGGUCUGCCUACAGGAGCAGAAGGUAAAGACUCAAAUAAAGGAGAAGACUCUGCUGAGGAAACGGAACAGAAGCCUGUGGUUGUUGCUCCUCCACCUGUAGUGGAAACUGUUGCAGCCCCUAGUGCCGCCUUCCCUUCUCCAGACCAGACGUCAGAGAAUGUAAAACAACAGGGUCCAAUCUUGACCAAACAUGGCAAGAAUCCUGUCAUGGAAUUGAAUGAGAAGAGGCGUGGCCUCAAGUAUGAGCUUAUUUCUGAGACUGGGGGCAGUCACGAUAAACGCUUUGUUAUGGAGGUUGAAGUAGAUGGGCAGAAAUUUCAAGGAGCUGGUUCAAAUAAAAAGGUGGCAAAGGCAUUUGCUGCUCUCACUGCAUUAGAAAAGCUGUUCCCUGAUGCUCCUGUUGCCCUGGAGCCCAAUAAGAAGAAGAGAGCACCAGUACCUGUGAGAGGGGGCCCAAAGUUUGCUGCAAAACAGCACAACCCAGGAUUUGGAAUGGGAGGCCCUAUGCACAAUGAGGUUCCUCCUCCCCCAAAUAUUCGUGGUCGAGGUAGAGGUGGGAACAUCCGAGGUCGGGGUAGAGGCCGAGGUGGAUUUGGUGGUGCCAACCAUGGAGGCUACAUGAAUGCUGGAGCUGGCUAUGGAAGCUAUGGCUAUGGUGGCAAUUCUGCAACAGCAGGAUAUAGUCAGUUCUACAGCAACGGUGGGCAUUCUGGGAAUGCUGGUGGAGGCGGGGGUGGCGGUGGAGGCGGCUCUUCUGGCUAUGGGUCCUACUACCAAGGCGACAACUACAAUUCACCAGUACCCCCAAAGCAUGGUGGGAAGAAGCAGCAGCAUGGGGGCCAGCAGAAGCCUUCUUAUGGUUCAGGGUACCAGUCUCAUCAAGGCCAACAACAGUCAUCAUACAGCCAAAACCAGUACAGCAAUUAUGGCCCACCUCAAGGCAAACAAAAGGGCUAUAAUCAUGGACAAGGCAACUACUCUUCCUAUUCGAAUUCCUACAACUCCCCAGGUGGUGGAGGUGGAUCAGACUAUAACUACGAGAGCAAAUUCAAUUACAGUGGCAGCGGGGGCCGAGGUGGUGGUGGGAACAGCUACGGGUCAGGUGGAUCGUCCUAUAACACAGGGUCACAUGGCGGCUAUGGAGGCAGUUCUGGUGGUGGCUCCUCCUACCAAGGCAAACAAGGUGGCUACUCUUCACAGUCCAAUUACAACUCCCCAGGCUCAGGCCAGAAUUACAGUGGGCCUCCCAGUUCCUACCAGUCUUCGCAAGGUGGCUAUGGCAGAAACGAUCACAGCAUGAAUUACCAGUACAGAUAAACUACCUUUACUCCCCAGGGGUGAAGUUUUGUUACCUUCUGCACUCGCCCCCCAUUUGAAUAUUCAGUUUUAUUGCAUCACAGUUAACAUGUCAACCCUUCCCCCCAGGUUCCAUGUUGCCGUGUUCUGUGUGAUAUGCAGGCGGCUACUUUGAUGGUGGCGUCUCCCUGUAAUUCCAUACUUAGCUGUGUUUGGGACAUCUGUGUAUUUAAUGGUUUGUUAGUUACCAUUACAACUUUGUCUGAAUAGAGUUUUUGAGUUAAUACAACUCAGUAUCCCUUCGUCUAUUUAACAUUGGUGUUAGUGUUAACUAAGUUCGUCUUUAAAUAGUUACGUGAGGGAUACGUCAUCUGUUAAUGCUUUUGUGAAGUGAGUUUAAACAAGCUUUCUGUAUUUUAAUGCUUUAGUGUUUCAGUUUUAUAAGUGAAGAUUUUAUUUUAAAAACCAGUGGGAAAGAGUGGGGGUUUUUUUUUUUUGUAUGUCUGGGUCAUUCAGGCAGGACAUCUGAAUUAAGCUGAAUGUAGACAAAUAAAGAUAAAGAAAACUCUUUGGGCCGAUGUCUGGCCUGCGUGUCUGUCCCACCAACCCUGGAAAAGCUGCCACCUCACCUGGUCCAAAGCCAGGGAGAGAGCAGGUACAGGGAGGCAGGUGGGGAAAGACAGAUUGGAAGGGGGCAGGAUUUUCUUGGGGCUUCUUAAUUCCCUGAGCUUUUGGAAACAAGCACCCUUAGAUAAAGCCUUCUGUCCAUGAAGAGCCAUUAAACAUUCCCAAAAGGUUAGAAGGCAGGGAGUAGAGGUACACCAUCAGGUAGACUGAGGGUGAGGUGGAAUGGGGAAAGCUUUCUCCCUGGGGAGAAAGGGUGUUAGAUUUUGAAACCCCUAAAGUACAGAGCUCUUGUUCUGAUCAAGUCUACAUUUCCUUUAGUUUGUGGGUUGGUGUUUGCAGCUACUACAGAGGUAGGCUUAAGGAUAGAAGACUAUUGGGAGAAUCUGUUAUUUGUCUGGCACCUUUCCAGAUGUGAGGCUUUGCUUUCAGUAGUCUUGAAGUUAACUAUUUACUAUUAUGGCUCAUACUGCCCUGCCUUGGUGUCUUAUAACCAAGGAUAUUGGAAUGGGAGGAAUGAUUGAAUAACAUGGAAACAGUUAUGAAGGGAGUCUAAACCCCAAGCACUGGGGUUUUCCUUUAAGUUCUUCAGUUUAGGCCAGGGCGAAGGAAGAUGCUUGGACUGGGCCAAUUAAUUAACUCUUUUUUUAGGGCCAGAGGAUGAUAAGAGGAAUCUUGGCUCUGGCCAUCUCCCUUACUUUAAACUUAAAUUGGAGAUUUUAGUGAGUUGCAAGCUCAAUACAAAUCAGUUUUGUGUAAUAACAGUCCAUUAUGCAAUUAAUUUGCAUUGAGAGAAGCAGUGUCCCAGGCCCAGGGUGGUGAUAGUCCUGCUACACCCUGCCCUAGGGAGAUAACAUCUUUGAAUUGUUUUUACUUCUAGGUGCCAUUGUUUAAGGAGGACAUGAAUUAGCAGGAGAGGAAGAAUAUAACCAGGAUGCUGAUGGGUCUUAAAUAUUAUAUAGAUCAGUUGAAGGAACAGGGAUGUUGAGCCUGGAGAAUACUGAGGGAAACAUGAUGGGUUUUUUUUUUGGUAUCUGGAGGGCUAUUGUAGAAGAGGGAGUAGACUUGGUUUCUUUUGCUCCAAGGACAGAACUAGGAGCAAUGAACAAAAGGGGAAAACUUAGCUUUGAUGUCAAGAAAGUCUAGCUAACAGUAAGAGCUGCCUCAACAUAUAGUUUGUUUUUCAGCUGAGGUUUGACGUAGAUACUGGAUGAUCACUUAUUGGAUGUAUCAAAGAGAUUCUUAAUGUUCAGGUAUGAAUUAGACUAGAAUGGCCUCUGAGGUCCCUUCCAGUGCUGAGAACCUUUCAUACACUUGCUUAAUGCAGUCUUCUUGUGUGGAGAAGUUAUUUCUGAAAUAGUAACCUAUUAGUGAUAGGUUAUAUUGAUCUUCUGUCUGGGAAUUAAAUCCCUGCUUUCAUACUACCACCUUUGUGACUGUGGGAAAGUCAUUUUACCACUCAAGAGGCCUCAGUUAAACAUAAAAAAUGAGGGGAGGAUUGAGUAGUCAUAAGGGGGUGUGAUAUAUCAUCAGGCAGAGCUUUGGAGUCAGAAGACUUAGAUUUGAAUUUUGCCUCUUCUUUACAAUCACUGUGAUCUUGAGCAAAUAACUUUAACCUUUUUGAGCCUACAUUUCCAAGUAAAAUUAAGAGGUUGGACUAGUUGAUCUCCAUAGUCCCUUCAAGGUUACAAUCUUGUGAUCCUAAAGGAAUUGCUUUAGUGACAGGCAAAGAGGAGGGCUUCAAGUCCAAGGCUAGUAUGUGACAGUGCAGUAGAUAAUAAUUAGGAGGAGUCUAGUCAUGGUCUGGAGGACAUCAGAAAUUAGCAGCAAGAACCUAGAGAGAAUCUGCCUUAGAUUCAGUAGGAAUAUCAGUAUGUAAAAGAAUUGUCCAAAUUCCUGCAAAUUAUAACUGGUUCUAUACUAGGAGGUGGUCCACAAUUCAGAAGUAAGGUGUGAUAUCCAAGGUAAUAGUUUUCCUUCUUUCACCAGAAUUUUAGCAGGAAAGCAGACUUGGUAAGUAAUAUUUAUUUUAUAUGGACCUCUGGGGUCACCAUAAGAUGAAGUGUUUGAAAUUACUUGUCCAAGCAUUUAGGCAGUAAGCUCGAAAGGUCAAGACUGUACCCUAUGUCUUUUGCCUACAAGGUUACUGCAUUGGGGCUCUUCAAUAAAUACUUGCUGAUAGUAGGCUCCUAAAUGCUUGUUGAUACCACACUACUCACUCUCAAAAGUCAGUGGGAAAGCCAGAGCUUUCCAGAGCUAGAUGGGUGGGCCCAGGAGCUGGACUUGGUUCAGAAAUUUUGACAUUUUUCUUCAGGUGUCAGAAAGAUCUUUCUUUCUCUCCCACAGUGCUCAGCCUUGGUGAUAAUUAGAUUCUAAGUUUAGAAUUAGAAAGGUACGUUUGAGGUUGUUUAUAGUUCACCCCCUCAUUUUACAAGUGAGAAACCAAGGCCCAGGAAAGAAGUGUUUUAAAUGAAUGAAAAAUCAUUUAUUAAAUGUUUACUAUUUCCAAAACAGUGGAUACAAAUAGAAUCGAACCCUGUUGUCAGGGAAUUGCUGUUUUAAUUGGAAGAGACAGCAUAGAAAGGAGAAAGGUCAACUGCAUGACAGAAGGAGUAGGCUAACUGGUGUAUCUACAGGGUGGGGGAUAGCAAGACUCACUUCUUAAGAGUGUGUGGCUAGGUCAUGUGGCAGUGCCUGGGAUGAGGAGGGAAUUGUGGGUAGGUUCAAGAACAAGGACCACCAUGGUCUUUCAUCCUUCCAGAAAGAUUAUCAUCAUAGAGCUCAAGCAGCCCUAUGUCUAUGAUCACCCAGCUUGUCAGUAUCAGAGCUGAGUAUGGAACCUAGGUCCACUGACUCCAAGUCCAACACUCUUUCCACUACACCAUAAUGCCUUAUCUUUCACCUCUUCCCUUUACCUGAUGGAUAGUUAAGUGUACUUUUUAGUCACCUAUGUGUACCCUUCUGACUUGGAGGGACUUGGUUGCUAUGUUUCCUGAGAGGAUCACCCCAGAGGGACACCACAUAGUUUUAGAUGGCUUUAGAGACUCCCUGGAUGACCUAGAGCUCAAUUUGUGGUAGGUUAGUGUUGUCCCAGGUCUAGCUCUUAUACCCUGUUGUGAGCUUCCUGGAACUUUGUACUAUUCCCUUAACACUAGUCCUUGGUUGCAGUCUUAAGUAUUUUUCCCAAGGUAUGUAAGCUAUUAAGCUGUAGAAGCUUAAACCAAUUAAAGCUACACUAAGGCUUUUGGGACACUUUAUUAGAUGUAUUCUGUGUCCUUUAGUGAAGGGCCCUCCUGAUGCUUUUUCUCCCCUCUUCCACUCCACCAUGGCAAGAGGAAAGUUCAUUUUUGUCAUUGCCUUUAACGUUUAUAUUGCUAGUUUAGAGAACAGAGUAAGGGGAACCUAUGGGGUUGGCCCUGGGGGACCUCUGGAUAGAGGGGAUGGAUCAUGGUUCCUCUUCAGAUAAUAGAAAACAGGUACUACUUGCCUCCUGGAAAGUAGAUUAGUAUUGCAGCAGUUCCUGGGGCAGAAAACCAUCCAUGAAACUUAAUUAGGUACUUCAGGAAAGUUAGAAAGGCUGCAUAUAGGCUCUUACCUCAAGCUAUUGUAAGCAUAGUCCCACAAACAUAUUUUCCAAGUAGAUAUUCUUUAUGUUUUGGGCAAAGCCAAGACCAUAAUGAUCAGAUCAUUGGAUAUCAUGUAGCCAAAUUCACUGCAGUAGUGAGGGUACUUGGUUUGGGAGCUGACCUCCUUUGGUAUUUCUCCACUUUUGGGGAUCUAUCUUGUUGGGUUCCAUAUUACUAUAAAUAUGUUCAGUAAUGAGGUUCUUGAGCUGGGUCUCUUGGAAAACAGUACCUGCUAUACUAUAAAGACAUUUCUAUCUACCUUGAGCACAUAGUGGGCAGUGGGGCAAUAGCAAACUGCCCAUUCCAGUUCUUUGAGAAUGUUGAGAAUCAGAAUGUGGUAUGUGUUGAGGAAGCCCCAUCUGGAGGAGGUCUUUGUGUUUCUGGUCCUCAUCAACCAAAAUAUCCCAUAGGUUUCUAGGGAAGGGGAAUGGAGGCAGACUCAUCAGGAAGACAAGGUGGAUAUCCAUUUCCGGCACCACAGCUUUGUGGCCCCAGGUGCAUUCAAUGACCUGCUGUCUGCCAGCUUCCUGGGGUUUGUUCAUGACCAACAUCAAAAAGGAAGGGGCUGGCAAGAUUUCCCAUGCAUUUGUCUGGAUAGUUGAACAGAAAGGGAGGGGGGGUAGGUAUGGGCUUGCAUCUUCUCCACAGGGUACUGUAUCUGUCCUUGGACCCUCCCAUUUAUGUGUAGUUGCAAGAGUAGUAUUAAAAAGCCCCUAUUCCCUAAGCAGCACCUGACAAACCUCAUGUUUGUCUCAUGGUACAAGAUGGAAUAAGAGACCCGGUCAUCGUUAGAGACCUAGGUUACAGUUCCUGUCCUCAGUCCUUCCUGUCUUUCCCUGCAAUGCUAGGAGAUGUUUCCUUGUGAAGGAUUUGGUUGGUUCUUACAGAUGUAGAUCUGGAGAAGCACAGGAGAUAAGGGGGGAUUAUGGUAAAUGUCUGCCCACUUCAAAUGUGGCAGGAACUUAGAAGGGGGCACUAGAGAUUGAUCAGUGAAACAGUUGUGGGAGUACCCUGUAUAAUGCCCUAUCUAAUGCUCCUAACCCUGAUCUCUUCCUCUUACUAUAGUUGACUUCCAUAUAGGGUAGAUAAGAGGGAGGAUUUAGUGUGUCCUUGAACUCAAUUAAAAUGGGUAAAAGAAGUGAUUAGAUCAAUUAAGAAUUCCAUAGGGUCCCAAAACAAUACUGAUAAAGAGGCUUGGGCAGUAGAUGAGAGGAGUGUAGACAUUAUAAUGGGCAGAAGAAUCCCAAGAGGCUUGGAGCUGGAUAGGACUUUUAAAAUCUUGUCCAUUCCCUUUUUACAAAUGGAGAAACUGAGGUUCAGAGAGGAAAUAGUGAUUUGCCCAAGGCUACUGACUGAGGUGGUAGGGGCACAAGGAGGAGCCUGGUUCUCCUGUCUUAAAGGUUCCUUCCCACCAUAUCAGACCUCUCCUAACCUGGAUUUUUUCUUUCCUCAUAGCUGCACUCCACAGCAGCCUUCUCCCAGCCUAAACUUGGCUCUCGGGGAUAGUAUCAGGAUGGCAGGAGACCUAUGAGCUUUCUUUGCCCUACUAAGGACACUGCAGGGAUCCCCAGCUCAGACAACAUUCUCCUUCCCUGAAUGAGAGUGGGCCUUGGUUUCCCUCUUUCACUGUUGUUGCUUGCCCCAUUUCAUUUUAAUAUUCAGUUUUAUUGCAUCACAGUUAACACAUGGCCCAAACCCAAAUUCCUUGUUGCUAUAUGUUCUGUAUGGUCAGUCAAUCACUCGGAGGCUAGGUGUAACCUCAUUCCCACAACUGAUUGGCCACCUGGGACAUUACUGGGGAUCCUGGUUUUCUCAGCUUUAGGGUUUAUUUUGGAUAGAGAAAAGGGAUAGCUCUGUGGGGGUGGUAUUGUGAGGUAAAUACUUUCAAGAUGAUAAUAUACCUGGGAUGUUACAGACAUAUGGGGGGGAGGUCAAGGAAAGUUUCAUUUUGGAGGUUACAUUAAACCAGAAAGUGGUUAUCCUACAAAAACUGCAAAUUCAAAAAGCCCCUGGGGCCUCUAAAAUUUCUCAGCAAUUUUUUUAUUACAGAAUUUAUGAUGGCGGACUAAGCCCAAAAGUGCAUGAAGUUCCUGCCAUGGGUACCACAUUCUAUUAUUUAUCAUCUAGUCUCCUGGACAGUUCUUGUAUGUGUCUGCUUUGAUUUCAUCACAACAGGAUUUCUGAGACAGUUUGAAUACCAGACUGGAAGAGGUUCUCCGGUGCCCCGUGUGAGUCCUACAGACUUUGAAGGGUCUGAAUUCACUGGAAGAUGGUGCAGAAUAGUUUCUGAGAGGGUACAGGAACAUCUAUCCCAUGACUCCUCAGGAGGUUCAGGGUCUCCAGCCCUGUGAUCUGGACCAGUGUCUACCUCAAGGCUGCUAGUCCCCUUUGUCCACCCACUGCCCUCUCUGGAAUAGAAGAUUUCUAAAAACUGCAUUUUAUCUUGUUCUGGAACUAAAGGCCUGAGGACAGUGAGAUGAAAAGAAUCCUGUAGUUUAUGAAUCUACAUCCUAGAUCAGUUUUAACUGUCUCCCUUCAUUCUGAAUCUUUGCAUUCUUUGCAUCUUUUUACUCUUUAUGGCAGUCUGCCUCUCAGAAAGAUGCCUUAUCCCAUGCCACCAUUUCUAGUGUUGUUCAUUUCUCUCUUUAGGCCCCAGUGAGUGUUCUCUCUCUCUCUCUCUCUCUCUCUCUCUCUCUCUCUCACUCACUCUCUCACUCUCUCUUUCUCUCACUCUCACUCUCUCACUCUCUCACACACACACACUCGCGCGUGAACACGAACUGGUAGUACCAUCAUAUAAUCUUUGUUCCACUUACAUUACUGUUUGAAUGCCCACCUUUCCUCUGCUACCAUCACUGCAGUGUUUUCAUUCACUCCAUGUUUGUUGCUAUAACCAUAUCAGCUGCAGGUUAGUUUACCUUCUCAAAGAGUUCAUUAUCUGGCUUAUAGCUUUCUUCUCCACCCAAAUCCCAGCCUUCAUACUUGUGGACUUCUAAAUACAUGUUGAUGUCUUCCUUGAACACCUUGACCUUCCAGUUCAACUCAAACUCCACGAAUUUCUUCACAAAACUUUAGCCUCCAAUAGGAGUGAUGAGAAAUACCCUUGAGAGCAUUUUGUGUAUUUUAUCCUGAUUAGGCCUCCUGGAGUACAAAAUUUAGUUCUAGGGGCAUGUUUUAGGAAAUCAUCUUGAGAAACUAUAUUAUGUUCAGAAGAUAGUGAGGGCACAGGACAUCAUCACAUGAAGAUUGGCUGAAUAACUGGGGAUACUUGGCUUAGAGAUUGGGGGAAGGGGGGAGUCUCAAAUUUUGUAAGGCUGCUUGUAAAAGAGGAUAGACUUUACACUACUUGGCCCUGGAGGGCAGAACUAGGAACAAGAGGUAGAAGGUGAAAAGGGGCAGGUUUCAGUUGGGGGAAAAUUUUUUUUCCUUUUAAGUACGACUGUUCUGAAAUGGAAUGGACUACUUCAGGAGUUGGUGGAUUUUCUUUCACUGGAGGUCUUCAAGCAGUGACAAGAUGACUGUUGGUUGGGCUGUUAUGGAGAUUCCUAUUCAGGUACGGGUUGGACCAGACACCCUUUGAGGUAACCUUAAAGCCCUGAGCUUCUAUCAUUUAAAUCUCUUGUUCCUACCUCACAGGGUUGUUAUGGGGAUCAAAUGAAAUAUUGUAUGUAAAGUGCUUUAUAAACCUCGAGGCACUUUAUAUGUCAGCUUUUAUAAUUAUCUGUGAUAUAAAGCACUGUAAAAAUGGGAAGUUAUUUUUUUCCUUUUAUGUUACUGAUGGUGGCUGCUCUGUGUGUCUAGCUGCUAAUGACUCUAUCUGUGGACACUCCAGUCUAGGUGACCACACUUACUGUCUUGAACACUGCCCACUAGCCCCUUUUCUUGUGUCUUAUUUCUAGUCCCAGAGCUAUGUGCUGGGGGCCUGGCGUUUGUUGGGGCAGGAAGCUUCUUGUGAUUAAAGUAUAUUCCUGGAUCAUUCCAGCUCCCUGAAUUAAGAUGAAUGUAAUCUAAUAGGGAUGUAUGUGGGGGAAAUGACCCUACUGGCAAUUAUAUCCCUAACAGCCUGUGUGGAGUACAUACAGCAAGUGAUGAUGCUACCACAGCACUGACUGGUCAGAGCCUUCUUGGUGAGAGGCUGGGUACAAACUUUCUCGAGAGACAGGAAGAAAGAAUAUUCAAGCAGGGCACUGGAAAAAAAAAAGAAAAUGGAUGUGGAGUCGGGAAUCAUCUAAUUCUGGCUGCUAAUAACAAGAGGCUUGCCCCCUUGUGUGGCGGGAAGCAGUGGCUGCAGACAUUCUCCCAGUUGUGGUUCUCGCUCUUCGAGGCUGGAGUUUCAAGCCUUCACAUCUCUCUUGUUCCCAGUUGUGAUUCUUUUCAGAGCCUGAGGUUCCUGUAUUUAAUUGCUGGGGCAAGUUGCUAAGGGUCUAGGUUGCUGUGGUGUAAUGGUACACAGCUCAGAAAAGGGCCUGUGAGGCAGACUUGAGCCUCUUUUUAUCCUGUUCAACUAGCUUACAGUGCCAAGCUGUUAAGCCAUCAGGGAAGCUGGGACAGGAGGACUCACAACCUUAAAGUUUGGGAGGUUGUAGUUUGGGAAACGGGUGGUGAGAAGGUUUGCUGCUUGAUUCUUAUCUCCUGUUAUAUAUCUUUCGUUUUAUUUUAAGUAAAUGUCCUCUUGCAUUGC